AUGGCCUACGCAUUGCUUAUACUCAUCAUGGCUCUAGCCAUACCUCACAUCGUUGCGCAAGGGGCUGCGCCACUGCCAACCGCAGCCAAGGAGUACCUUGAAGCACACAACCAAGCAAGGGCAGCAGUUGGGGUUAGCCCGCUCAAGUGGAGUGAGGAGCUAGCUAAUGCCGCAGGCCGAGUAGUCCGAUACCAAAAAAAUAACAUGGGAUGCGGUCUUACGAAAUUGCACCACAAGUAUCAGGGAAACCAGGUGUGGACAAUAUUCAACAAGACCAUGACACCACGCAUGGUCGUUGAUAGAUGGGUGCAAGAGAAGCAACACUAUAACUACGCCACCAACACAUGCCUGUCGAACCACCACACAUGCAACGCCUAUACUCUUGUCGUGUGGAGGAAGUCUUUGGAGUUGGGGUGUGCUCAAGCUAGAUGUUUGAAGUAUGGCAGUAGUAUAACCAUAUGUUUAUAUAAUCCUAUUGGAAAUAUUCCAGGGGAGAGGCCAUACUAG